CAACUCAAAAACGAUACCAGUUUGUAAAGGCAUCUUAAUGAUAAACGUCAGUCAUAAAAUCAAUAUGUUUUAGAGUACAACAAGUUUUCCGUUCAUUCGAUAAAAACACCGUUUUCUUAGGAAGAGUCUCAUUAAAUAAUGUCGAAUUUGAUUCCACCGCUGUUGAAUAAUUCACCACCACCUUUAAAUAAUGAGGAUCUCGAGGAAAACGAAGAUUUUGGCGAAUUCGAUUCGUAUUUUUCCACUCCUUUUGAUUCGCCGAAAAAGGAAGAAAACGAAGUAUUUGAUCGCGCAAAAAGCGAUGAAGAUGAAGACAUAUUGAGGUUAUGUGAACUUGACGGUGAAGAUUUCCUGAAAGGUGACGACGACAAGACGUUAAAAAUUAACGAUGAUUUGAUGAAAAACGAACAAGACUUGUUAAAAAGUGGAGAAAAAACAUUUAAAUUUGUCGGUGAUCUGUUAAAAAAUGAAGAGAACUCUUUAAAAUUUGAUCAAAAUUCAACCAAAAUAGAGGAAGAAACGUCCAAAUUUGUUGGAGCUUUUAACAUGAUUAAAGAUGAUAGUUUAGUGCAGAAGGAAGAAAACACAUUGAAUUUUCCAUGUGAAGGAGUGUUGACACAAAUUGAAAAUGAUUGUGUGUAUCACGAAGAGGUUGUGGUAAAAAAUGAACAAAUUUCGGACAUUAACGACGACGACAACACGUUAAAAGGUACGAAUGAUUUUGUAAAUAAUGAUGAAGAAAUUAAAAGCGUCAGUUGUGAUUUGAAUAAGGAAAAUUUGAUAACAAGUGAACAUGACAUGUUAAAAUAUCAGGAAAAUUUUAUGAGAUUUGAAGAUUUCAAGAAUAAAGUAAAAGAAGAAAAGCAAAAUUCGUUUACACAUCUUGAUGAUGGGGUAGUAAUAGGUAGUGAAGAACUUACUGAAAAAUUGGAUGGUGAAUUAGGGAAAAAUGGAGACUUGUAUUUUAAAAAUGAAGAAAACACGUUUAAGUUUGUCGAAGAGUCGGUCAAAAAUGAGGAGACACCGUUUAAAAUUGAUGAAUUCGUAGAAAACGAAGAAAUAGCUGAAAAAAACGGGGAGAAUUGUGUAAAGAGCGAGGAGACAUUUAAUUUUUGCGAAUUUAACGAGGAAACAUGGACAAAAGGCGAAGAGAUUGAUGGUGAUGAUGAUGAUGAUGAUGAUGAUGAUGAUUUCGACGAUUUCGGUGAAUUCGAAACCGCUCAGUCAUUUCAAACUAGCACUGAAACGUACCAAAGUUUGGAUCGAAACAACAUUUCCAAGUCUUGUGAAGUCAUUUUGAAAGAAAUCUUCCCGGAAAUUGAAGAAUCUUUGAAUAUUUUCGUAAAAAAACUGGAAGAAAACGACGAAAUAUUCGACCGAUUAAAAGACGUAACCGAAACUGAAGCGGUCAAGUUUCAGUGGAGCAAAUCGCGAAGUCAAAAUCUGUUGUUCCGAUCUCUAAACAUCGACACGAGAAACAUUCUGUACGGACCAACUUGGAACCCUUGGAUACAAAGAGCUUCAACCUUCAGCAGUUCCACGUUGCAACCAUUGGAGCCUUUAAAACCGCAACAGAAUCAAAGUGCGGCAAAGUCGGAAGAAAACGCCAAUUUAAAUGUUACUGAAGUGCCGACGGUACAAUUCGAUUGGAACAGCUCCGGAUUAAUAAAUCCUUUAGAUUAUUCGCAAACAAUGUUGUUGGAUCUGGAACAUUUGGAAACGGCCGAAAAUUGGGAUUUUUGGUUGUCGACCAAAGAAGAACAACGACCCGAACAGGAAUUGGACUUUGGCAUCAGAAUACCGUUGCGGGAAACGCACAUAGAAAACCGUACAGAGAAGCCAGACAACACCGUUCUGGAUUUGUUGGAGAACCGAUCGGAGAAACAGGAAAGUAUAGUUACGGAAAUGUUCGAAAGUCGGCCGCAAAAUGUUCAAGCAAGUUCCUUUACGGAAGUGAACGUUGACAGAACAGUGUCGGAAAAAGUAGAAAAUCGGUUAGAAAUGUUUGACGUUAACGUCGCGUAUCCAGAAAUGAAUGUUUUCCAAAGCGAGUCGCAAGUGUCGGAAACGACAAACGUGUUUGAUCCGUUUCCGGCAAUGAACAACCUUCGUAAAAGCACACCGCCGGAAACGCGGACCUUUGAUUCGUUCGCAGUUACGAGUUGUAGUACGAGCUCACCUGAAAAGCUUCAUCCGUCCGUCGAAACGACGUUUGUCGGGGCGAACGUUUGUAAAAACGACGAUGACGACUUUGACGAUUUUCAAACCGCGUUCGGUACGAUUUUGAAGCCGGAAAAAGUGAGUAAAGAAACCGUCAUCAAUUGGCCGAAUCCCGGUUUAUCCGACGAAGAAAUUCGAAGAUUCGAAUCGUUCACUUUUAAAUCGGCCAACAAUGAACAACAAGUUCAGAAAGAAGCGACGGGGGAGGGAGAGAAGGCAAAGGGGAAGCAGGAGGAGGAGGAGGAGGAGGAGGAGGAGAGUGAAUGGUCAGAUUUCGUGCACUUCAAUCCAAUUUCGUGUGCGGAGAAAGACAGUAGGGAGGACAGUGGGAAGAUCGAUUCGACGGAAGACGACGAAUGGAGCGAUUUCGUGUCUGUCGUGCCCGAACUGACUUUCACGGGAAAAUGACGAAAGGGAUCUUUCGAUUAUGUACUCUAGUAUUAUUUUUUGUUUGUUCCAUUGGUCGAUUGUUAGGUUUCUGAGUGAUAUUAUUAUUGUACUUAAUUAUUUAUACAUAUACAAUAUAUAAAUUAUAUAUAUAUAUAUAUAUAUAUAAAUGUAAUAUAAAAGAAAUUGUUGUAAAUAUUGAUUGUUGUAACAUUCCAAAUUAUAUUAAUAAAUAAUAUGUUAAGAUUUUAA